GGCCAUGGUGGCCCCAGGGCGCGUGGCACUGGGGGUGCCAGUGGGGGUCCUGCUCCAGGCCACGGAGCCGGUGGCCGGGAUGCUGGUGGCCCGAGCCCAGGGGGCUGCUGAGGAGGUCGAGUCCUGCUCUGCCGAGGUGCCCUUUGCCCUUACGCCCCACAAUGACUUCAGCCAACUCCUGCACCUCAAGGUGUCCCCAGAGCAGGCGGCACGCUGUGGGCUGGUGGCCAAGGAGGGGGGCCGGGCACUGCUGCUCGAGGCCCGGAGCCCCCAGUUGCCCCCCACCGGGAGCCAGCACCUGCGGGUGACCUGGGGGGGUCCCCGGGGCCACCUCUUCGUGCAGACCGACAAACCUAUCUACGCCCCCCGGCAGACCGACCCCCCAAAAUCCUGCCGGACCCCAAAAUCACCCAAAAGCCCAAAAUGCCUGGAUCCCCCCAAAUCUGGUGGGAUCCCCCAAACCCCCCGGAAUAACCCCAAAUCCUCCAAAUCCCUGACCUGCUGCUUCGGGGGACCCCCGUGA